AUGCAAACGAGCUACUACCCAACCCCAAGUAUGAUCUCCGCGAACGGGCAUUACCCACCUAGAAGUCCUCCCCCUUAUGGGUUAUCGCUCCGGUCGACCCAUUCACCAAGAUCCUCCGUGGACAGGGACUCGCAAAUUGCAGCCUCCAUCGAAGACAGCGCACUUGUUGAACCUUCAAAACACACGGAUCUGUGGUUUUCCGAUGGUUCGAUUGUUUUGAGAGCAGAAAACACCUUAUUUCGCGUUCACAAGUCUCAACUUGCUCGCCACUCUGCGUUCUUCCGUGAUCUCUUCUCAUUGCCGCAGCCCAGUGCAGGCAGUGCGACGUCUUCUUCUUCGACCGUGGUUGGCAACAGAAAGCCCGCAUUACAAAUAGACACGACCAAUGAAACAGAAGGAUGCCCUGUUCUGCGAUUGUAUGACACAGCAGAGGAUGUUGAGAAUCUCAUCACAGCACUUUAUGAUGGCCCAAGCUUUGGGAAAAACGACCCUGCGGACUUUCGCAUGGUCUCGGGGAUACUCCGACUUGCGACCAAGUACCUUGUCGAUUCGUUGAGAACUAAAGCCCUUGCUCAUCUGAGCAGGGCUUGGCCAAAUUCACUCAAGGGAUGGGACGCUAGAGAGGACCUUGCUCGUGCUGAUGAGAUGCAAAGUGGUCCUGGAAUGUCCAAUAUAUACCCUUCCCCAGCAGAUGUUGUUAUUCUCGCACGAGAAGUGAAUGCCACAAGCCUCCUGCCUUCUGCAUUCUAUGACCUAUCACGAUACCACUAUACCCAGAUUUUUGAGCAGGACGACGAGAGCGGCCCUUCUAUUGCACGCCUGCCGCUAUCAAAUGCAGACCUGCAAAGGCUAGCAUUGGGGAAGGAGGCGUCGCAGCACGCAAUCACAACUCUCAUUCGCUCCAUGGGUUCGCAUUCUCAUCCGCAUCUUCUGGGGCAUCAUGCACACUCGCAUCGCUCGUGCAGGAGAGAUUUCUCGGAGCUUGUUGCGCUAGCCACUCAACAUUAUCUCUUUGAUCGCGAGCGCGGUUGCACUGAUCCUUUGUACGUCGCGGAGGAGCUUGGACAGCCGCUGUAUGAUUUCGGUCAGGCUUCGGGUGCUGAUGAUGCACGGUUUGGGGAAUCUCGCCGUAGUGCAGAAGUAUCUGAGUGCGAGGCAUGUGCGAGAGCCUUGGCGAUGUGGGCUACGAGGGAGAGAGAAAGGAUGUGGAAGAUGAUCCCCCUUUGGUUCCGACUAGAUGUGUAA